AUGCCCUACGGCCGCACUCUCGGCCUUCCCCCGCCACGCGCGCACCUAAUGUCGGCGCAACCCGCGUUCAACCCCGUGUCGCGGUACCUGUCGCUGGGGCUGUCGUUUUCGCCCGAAACGGGCAAGCCCGUGUGGGAGUUCCCUCCCGUCGCGUCGUUCGUGAACAAGUUCGGUCCCGUCGGGGACCAGGGCCAAUGCAGUGAUAACUUCUCUUCCGUCACCCUCAUUCCACCCUCGACUACCCACCCUCAAUCCCAUUCUUGUCUCCGUACGCGUUCUGAGCUAUUUCCUGCUCACGCGCGAAUACAGCUGGCGCCGUGGAUGGCGCAAUCACCCGCCGUUCCGCUGCCUGAUCCCCACCAGCACCCACCAUCUCCCCCCCUCCCUCGCCCAGGCGCGUGCUGGGCGUUCGCCGCGGCGGGCGCCGUGGAAGGCGCGUACUACGCGCUGUCGUCGCAGCUGCCGCCCAACUCGUCGCUGUCGUCGCAGCAGCUGGUGGACUGCGCCGUGGGGUCGUGCAUGGGCGGGUACCCCGAGGACGCGCUGCAGUACGCGACGGCCAACGCGCUCGCGUAUGCGACAUCGUACGCGUACCGUGCGACGAAGGCGACGUGCAAUGCGACGGGAGUGCAGCAGCACGUGGGGACGCAGGUCCCGACUACAAAUGUGGCGUUCAACACGAGCACGGUGCCAUCGGCGCUGCGCAUCCAGCUGUACGAGCAGGUGCCGCUGCCCGGCGCGCUGGGGCUCAUUCUCGCCGUGCAGAAGCAGCCCGUUAUAGUCACGCUGCACGGCUCGCACCCCUCGUUCGCCAUGUACACGGGCGGGCUGUACGCAGACGAGACGUGCUUCAACCCGGCAACCCCAGUGCUGGACCACGCGGUGCUCGUGGUGGGGUACCGCUUCACGGCGCCGGGCGCCAGUGACAACCACUUUGUGCUGCGCAACAGCUGGGGGCGCGCGUGGGGCGAGGACGGGUACAUGCGCGUGGCGGUCAGCAGUGCGCAGUACGGCGGCAUCUGUGGGAUCAUGUACAACCUCGGCGUCUACCCCGUGCUCGACCGUGCGUGCCUCUUGGGUGCCUCUUGGGUGCCUCUUGGGUGCCUCUUGGACAGUGGUGGAGGGGCGAUAGAGAAGAGCAUUAAAUUGGCUGCAUUGGGGACGCGCGGCAGCAGCAGCAGCAGCAGCAGCAGCAGCAGCAGCAGAUCGCUGAUGGCAGCAGCCCGAGCUAUCUUCGCCGCUGUGAAGAGCAGCAAGGCGUUUGAGAAACUCCGAGGAGCAGCUGCUGCAGCAGCAGCAGCAGCAGCAGCACGCUCCUCCAAGGCACCUGCUCGUGGCAGCAGCACAGAGAGCACUGACAGCAGUGCUCGUGUAAAGCUGCCCUCCGCCCCUUCAUGGCCCUCCUCUUCCGCCUCCGCCUCCUCCUCCUCCGCCUCUUCAUCCUUAUUCUCCUCCAACCAGCCACCACCCAGCCCGCUCUUAAAGCUUGUGAACCCAUCCGCUACAUACUAUCUCGGGCCAACUCCCCCGCCUCCUCAGUCCCCGCCACCCCCUCCGUCCCCGCCUCCCCCCAUCAGAACCCCACCUGACAGCAUGCCGUGCCCGCCCGUCCCCCCUCCCCCGCCGUCGUAUGGAGAUUACAGGUGCCUGUGCGGGCCGGGGCUGAGCCUGGCCAUCAGCAAGGACGGCAGCCAGGCGUGCGUUAUGGAGGACGCAUGUGCAGCGUUCACGAGCAACCCGUGCGGGGCGGGCGCGUGUGUGAACGAUGGGGAGGGGGGGUACUCGUGUGUGUGUCCGCCCAACUACAUGCGCAGCAUGCUCAGCUCCGGCGCCCCCACCUGCGUGCCCCGCAUGGCGGGCAAGAGCAGCACGUACCAGGUGGUGGGGGGCGAGACGUGCUACGACAUCUACCUGUUCUUCGGCCUCUCACAGGACAGCUUCCUGGAGCAGAACGCCGGCAUAGACUGUGACAACCUGCAGGAGGGCAUGGUGCUAUCCUUCACUUUCUCUUCACACCCACCUCCUCCUUCCCCUCCCAGUCACCUCUUUCAUCCUUCCAUCCCCUCUCCCCGGACAAAUCUCUUCUCCCUUUCCCGAAUCACCUGGCUUUCCACACUCCUCCCAGCAACCACUUCCCUUCCUUUCCCUCAGUUUCCCACCCCAACCCCAGCCAAGAACCCCGCUUGUCAAUGCCUCAGACGCCCCCCCUCCUCCCCUCCUCCUGCCGUGUCAACCCCUCAGGUGGACAGCCUGGCAUCGGACUGUUCAGCCAUAGAGGACCGCUUUGGCGUGGACGUGGCUGCACUAAACCCCGGCCUCGACUGCUCUCACCUCGUGCCGGGCCACCAGGUGUGUGUGGAGCGCGGGAAGAGCAUGGCGGGCAUGGAGGAGCACCGCAUGUGCACCAAGUACCAGCGCGUGGACGUGGGGGACACGUGCGAGAGCCUCAUCGACAGCAACGGCCUCUCGUGGCUCUCGCUCUACCGCCUCAACCCGGGCCUGCUGUGUGAUAACCUCAACGGGCUCAUUGACCAAGAGAUCUGUGUGGCAGGGCACCCAGUGGGCGUGGUGGUGUGUGGGAAGCCAGUGCAGGGGGUGAAGAACCGCAAGUACACGGUGAAUGCAGGCGACAGCUGUGCGUCGCUGGUGGUGGUGCAGUUCCAGCGCACGCCCAGCCUCAUGCCGCUGCUCAACCGCGGGUGGAUCGGCGGCGGCGGCGGCGGCGGCGGCGGCGAUGGCGGCGGUGGGCGGCGACAGCUGGGCGUGUGCAAGUACGAGGAGGGGCGGUGGGAGCCGCAGCCGAAGGCGGAGAUGCGGUACCACUCCAACUACUGCCCGCUGCUGCGGACGGUGGGGGCUGUCAACUGCCUCAACCCGAAAAGACCGAGAAGCCCUAAGUACCUGCGGUACAAGUGGGUGCCGCCCACGUGCGGAGCGACCUUCGGGUUCAACGCGCGGGAGUUUCUGAACAGAAUGCGCAACAAAGUGGUGGCGUCGGUGGGCGACUCCCUGUCGUACGAGAACUUCAUGCCCUCCAUCGUAUGCCAGCUGAACGAGGUGGCGAAGGUGGAGACAGCGGACGAGCUGCUGGGGAAGCUGGCGGGGCGGGGGCUGCUGGUGCCGACGCACAUCAUGCGCGUGCGCGCGUACAACGUCACGCUCGUCAACGUCUGGAGCACCUUCCUCAACAGCUACCUCCAUGAUGAGCAGACCCUGCGCAAGUACAACGGGGGCGUGAAGCCAACAGCGGAGGACGCGGUGGUGGACGUGACGCGGCUGGACAGCACGUGGGCGGACCACGUGGGGCAGUACGACGUGCUGGUGCUGCAGUCCGCGGCGCACUGGCGCGCCAAGCCCACCAAGUGGCGCCGCUACUUUGUGGACGGCGCGGGCGUGCGGCAGUGGCCCGAGAAGAAAUACACCAAGGCGUUCUUCACAGGGAUGAAAACGGUAGCAGACUUCCUGACAGCGCGCAAGGCCAAGGGCGCCAGCAAGCCGCUAUCGUACUUCCUCUCAGCGCCUGCCGCCAUUGACGGGUGCGGCAAGUACCGAGGCGCGCUGGGUCAGAGCCAAGCAGACAGCAUGGUGGAAAAGAACCGCCAGGCGAUGGUGUUCCUACCAGCGCAGCUGCGCGCGUUCCGCAAGGCGCCGGUGCGGAUCAUCCAGGUCACGCGCUCCACCAUCUACCGCCCCGACGCACUCGUGGGGGCCCUGGGGAACAACGACGACUGCGUGCACUGGUGCCUGCCCGGCGUGCCUAACUCGUGGACCGACAUGUUCUACGAGCAGCUUCGCGCCGACAUGGGCUUCUAG